CCUAUAUACCCACCAUACCAGCGUACACGCAUAGUGUCAAUAAAUCAUAUAGGCCUCGAUCGUCAAGCAACUUCAAAACUCGCGUCGAUUUGUCGUGUGUGUGUGUCGUGUUUGCUCACGAAACCUUUCAAUCUCGGGAAAAUCUCUUUUCAGUCUUAGGUGUGAAAAAAAAAGUGUUUUAUUCAAGUGAUCCAGUCCUAAAUGCAACUGUAUUCUAGUCGUCGACAAGAUCUAAGAUACAUAAAGCCGGGGUUUUAACCCACCAUCAUCAUCUCAGCAUCAUCACCUCGAUCUAUUACGCUAUAUCAAGCGUCGUUCGCCUGAAGUCGGCCGGAGCGGGAAUUGUUAUGGUUUGUGACAGGUUAAUGAAUACAGCCUUGAACCUAACCGUGUGAGAUAAUCCUUGUAGCAAUAUGUUUAUGGUAUUACUUUUGUAAAGUCCUUUCGGCAUGUGUACAACAAAUCACUGGAAUUAGCCAGGUGCCUCAAACAUCGCGGGACUUCCGUCAUGUCCGUGUAGACAGGGAGAUGUGCUAAUAUAUCAAUAUUUAAGAUUCCAUAUACUGAUCUGGCAUGGACGAACAUCAAUGCCACUCUUUAUGAUCAUUAUCGGGAAUUGGUCGGUUCAGAACUCAACACUCAUCGCACUAUCAUAAUGGCUGACUUUGGCUAAUGUUGCCAAUGAUAUGGGAGGAAGGAACUGACUCUGGACAGGGAAAUAAAUGCAGCAGGCUCAAUCCGCAGAUCUUUAAGGAACAGCAAAUCGGCAACUAACGAUAUAAACGGGGAAAACAACAUGUCUUUUUACUCUCGACAUAAAUUCAAGAUACUGUUUACGUUUGCGGGAAUGAUAACGUACUUUUUCAUGGCGUCUUUCACGUGGGAGAGCAACGUCCCCCAGCCAAUUCAUGUACCUAGUAGGGCAACCAGUCACAUCAAUAUCAGUUCUUCCGCAAUGGAUUCAUUAAAUCAAGGACGAGACGUCCGAACUAAAUUAAAUGGAAACACCACACAAUUGAAUAUUACCAGGGAAGAAGCAAAGAAGGCCUACUCUGGUCCCAUCGUAAAGAAGUACGUGGCUGGUAGGGUAGUUAAGUCACGGAGACGUCCAGACAUAGUGGCAGAUCACCUACGACAGGCAAAGCUGACAAGACGGAAAUUUGUAGCGGGACAGGCUAAGUUCUCGAGGACUGCUCCAAGUGUAGAACUCGGUCAAAUGAAUUUGACAAAGCUGUCGAUGGAUUUUCAAGAGUCCAGACUCUAUUUUGAAAGGAUGAUGGCAAAGAACAAUGAACGUGGGAUCCGAGCCCCGGUCAAUUACACGAGAUGGAAUAUCCCUAAGGAUUUAAGAGAACUGGCACCAAGGUUAUUUGACCGAUUCCCGCGAGAGUACCUGCCUGACUACAAGAGUCCGUGCUGGAGAAACUCGAAUAACACCAACAGCCAGCCUAGGUGCCUCCCAUACUUCUUCAUCGGGGGAUUCCCCAAAUGUGCCACCACUGAUUUAUGGGGCAAGCUAAUGACCCAUCCAUCCAUGGUCAAAACUACCAAAGAACCACACUGGUGGACAAGAACUCACUUCGAAGGUAAACAUUUUUGUUUUCACUUUUAG